CCCUCCCUCCUGCGUUGUGGCCCCGCCCCCUUGCGCGCUGAGCUCAGACGCCGCGGCGAGGGAAGAAGGAAGGCAGGCAGGCAGGCAGGCGGAGGGAGCGGCGGGCAGGCUCGGAGCAUCCUCCGCUUCCUCCUCCUCCUCCUCGGGCGGCAUGGCGGCGGGGGUCGGCCCCGGCUUCGGCCCCUGCGCCCGCGGAGGCGAAGGCAGCCGGGCAGGUCCGGCCCCGAUCUUCUUCCUCCUCCUCCUCCGGCGCCCCGCUCUUUUCCGCUCUUUCGGCCGAAGGCUCUAACCGUUGUCCGCACAGCCCCAAAGAUGAACAAGGAAGCCACCGAAGUCUCCGAGAACAACCACCACCUGAAGGUCUUCCUGCCCAAGAAGCUGGUGGAUUGCGUCCCCAAGUGCCCCGCUUUGCCCAAGGAGCGGCUCCGCUGGAACACCAACGAGGAGAUUGCGUCCUACCUGAUCACCUUUGAGAAACAUGAGGAGUGGCUCUCCUGCUCCCCCAAAACCAGGCCCCAGAACGGCUCCAUGAUCCUCUACAACCGCAAGAAGGUCAAGUACCGGAAGGACGGCUAUUGCUGGAAGAAGCGGAAGGACGGGAAGACCACGCGCGAGGACCACAUGAAGCUCAAAGUCAAGGGCCUCGAGUGUCUCUAUGGCUGCUACGUCCAUUCGUCCAUCUUCCCCACAUUCCACCGGCGCUGCUAUUGGCUCCUGCAGAACCCGGACAUCGUGCUGGUUCACUACCUGAACGUGCCGGCCCUGGAGGACUGUGGGAAGCUGUGUGGGCCGGUCCUGUGCUCCAUCAACAGUGACCGGAAGGAGUGGCUCAAGUGGUCCAAGGAGGAGCUGGUGGGGCAGCUCAAGCCCAUGUUUCACGGGAUCAAGUGGAGCUGUGGGAACGGGAACGGGACGGCGGAGUUCUCCAUCGAGCAGCUGGUGCAGCAGAUCCUGGAGAGCCACCAGGCCAAGCCGCCCCCGCGCACCCACGCCUGCCUCUGCUCCAGCGGACUCGGGAGCCCCAGCCACGUCCCGCACAAAUGCAGCAGCAGCACCAAGCACCGCAUCAUCUCCCCGAAGGGGGAGGUCCGGCCCCCGUGCCCCUUCCCGGCCCCCCUCCCCGAGGCCCAUGGCGUUCCAUCGGAGGAGGCCAAAGCGGAGCCCGAGGCGCCCCGAGCCCCUUCAUUAUCCUCCUCCUCCUCCUCCUCCUCCUCCUCCUCCUCCGCUGAGGGUCACAGGGAGCCCCGUCUGGCCAAGGCGGCCCCCCCGGAUGGCGCCCCCCCGGACCCCGGCCAGGGCUUCCCCAAGCAGGAGCUGCCGGCCGUCUCCCUCUCGGUGGGGCGCACUAAUGGCAGCGGGGCCCUCCUGGUCAUGGCCGGCCUGGGACGGGGCCCCGAGAAGCCCCUGGCCCUGACCCCCAGCCAGCAGCUGCUCUCCAGAGACGGCGGCCACGGCGGCGGGAGCGGGAACCCCCCCGCGACCCCCCUGGGCCUGGCCUUGCUCCUCGGACCGGGCCUGGUCCUCUCCCAGAACCUGGACUCCAGCAUGGAGACCGCGGAGUCGGGGCCCACGGAGCCGGACGCGGCCUUCGACCCGGACUGCUUCCUCAACAGCCCCAAGGAAGGGGAGACCUACGGCGGGGGCGCCAAGCCGGAGCCGCCCCCGGAGAACAACAACAACGGCGGCGGCAGCAACACCACCACGCUCCAGGGCUACUCGGUCUUCAUGCCCAGCACCAACCGCUUCUUCAUCCAGGACGACGGCGGGGCCCGGCCCACGGCGCCCGCCCUCCUGCCCCCCUCGCCUCCGCCGUCCUCUUCCGCCGGGACGGAGGAGUGCAAGAGCAGCCCCCCGGAGACCCCCAUGGAGACCACCCCCACCGGCGGGGAAGAGGGAGAGGCCCCGGGCGACGAGGGGCCUCCCGCGGAGAUGUCGGCCGCGGCGCUGCAGGAGGAGCUCUACUCCAUGAUCCAGACGGCGGCGGUGGCGGCCACGGCCUCUCCUUCCACGGCCUCCUUCGGCCUCUCCUUCGACAACCACUUCCCGGACCUCAUCGGCGAACUCAUGACGGACGAGAGCGGGGCGGGCGGUGGCGCAGACGGAGCCACGGAGGGGAACGGCAGUGGCGGCGAGAGGCCGAGCCCUGGGAGGGUCCUCUCCGCGGAGGAGAACCUGGCCGAUGAGACCCCGGGGGGCUCCCCACAACAGCCGCCACUGGCCUCCAUCACGGACUUCUCCCCUGAAUGGUCCUACCCAGAGGGGGGCGUGAAGGUGCUGAUCACGGGUCCCUGGGUGGACCAGGCCGAGCCCUACAGCUGCCUCUUCGACCAGAUCUCCGUCCCGGCCGCCCUCAUCCAGUCCGGAGUGCUGCGCUGCUAUUGCCCAGCCCACGAGGCCGGCCUGGUCCCUCUGCACGUGGCCUGCGAGUCCCGCGUGGUCUCCCUCUCCGUCCUCUUCGAGUACCGGGCGAGGAACUUCCUGGCGCUGCCCAGCACCCAGAUGGACUGGCUCUCCUUGGACGAUAACCAGUUCCGGAUGUCCAUCCUGGAGCGGCUGGAGCAGAUGGAGAAGCGGAUGGCCGAGAUGACCGCCAACGCCAAUGCCGCCACUUCGGCCUCGGCCCCGGCCCAGCAGAGAGGGGAGAGGACCCCCAGCCAGGCUGCCUCGGACUCCUUCGAGGACCGGAUCGUGGCCCUGUGUGAGAAGAUGAUGGCCCAGCCCUGCUGGCUGCGGGCAGGGGCCACGCUGGUCCACCACGUCAGCUUCCGCGGCAUGACCCUCCUGCACCUGGCCGCCGCCCAAGGCUACACCCGCCUCAUCCAGGCCCUCAUCCGGUGGCGGAACCUCAACGUCCAGAGCCUGGACCUGGAGCAAGAGGUGGACCCGCUCAACGUGGACCAUUUCUCCUGCACCCCUUUGAUGUGGGCCUGUGCGCUGGGGCACCUGGAGGCGGCGCAGCUGCUCUUCCGCUGGAACCGGGCGGCGCUCUCCAUCCCGGACUCCUUGGGCCGCCUGCCCCUCUCGGUGGCCCGGUCCCGGGGUCACGUCCGGCUGGCCUCCCGCCUGGAGGAGCUGCAGCGGCAGCAGGAAGAGGAAGAGGAAAAAGAACAGGAAAGAGAGGAAGCGCGGGAGGAGGACGAAGACGAGGAGGAGGAGGAGGAGGACGGGGCCAACCACAACAAGGCCUGCGCGACGGGGCCCCGGCGGAUGGUGGAAGCCCUCCACAUCCCCUCCCCACUCUCGGCCAGCCCGGAUACAGGUCUGAGCACGGCCAGCAGUGUCUCCUCUCCGUCCGAACUCUCGGAGGGCUCCGUCUCGGUCACUUCGGCCUACUCCAGCGGUUCAACGCAGCGAGAGUCUCCGGCCUACAGUCCCGAAGAGGAGGCCGAGGGAGCCAUGGACGUCUGCCCGGGAGAGGAGGGGGGCCUGGCCGGGUGGUACCUGCGGGAGGGGCCCCACCCCGCGCCCCCCUUCUUCAUGGACUGCGACGAGGGGGGCACCCCUCCCUCCGGACACGCAGCCGGGCCUCCGCCGGAGAUGGAGCCGGAGCUGCUGAGCUAUGCCGAGAACGUCGAGAACGAGGAGUACCUGCCGGCCACCGACGUCCUGCAGGUGGACAUGAUCACGCUGGCCAAGCAGAUCAUCGAGGCCACUCCGGAGCGGAUCAAGCAGGAGGACUUUGCCUCGGCCGAGGCCCCUCUGCGGGAGCGGCCCUCCAACCUGGGCCUGAGCGAGACCAUGUCCUGGCUGGCCAGCUACCUGGAGAACGUGGACCAGCUCUCCGGCGCCGCCCAGAGACGCUCCCUGGCCUCGGCCUCGUCCUCCUCGUCGUCCCCCUCGCUGCCGUCCUCCCCGCUGCCCCCGCCGGCCCCCUCCUCACGCCUGAGCCCACUGCUGCUGCCGCCUCCCCUGGGGGAGCUCUCCCUGGAGCGCCUGCCCCCGCCCCCCUCGGCCGCCAGCUGGGCAGAGUUCCUCAACGCCUCGGCCAACGGCAAGAUGGAGAGCGACUUCGCCCUGCUCACCCUCUCCGACCACGAGCAGCGGGAGCUCUACGAGGCCGCCAAGAUCAUCCAGACCGCCUUCCGCAAGUACAAGGGCCGGCGGCUGAAGGAGCAGCAGGAGAUGGCGGCCGCGGUCAUCCAGCGAUGUUACCGCAAGUACAAACAGCUCACCUGGAUUGCUCUGAAGUACGCCCUGUACAAGAAGAUGACGCAGGCGGCCAUCCUGAUCCAGAGCAAGUUCCGGAGCUACUACGAGCAGAAGAAGUUCCAGCAGAGCCGCCGGGCGGCCGUGCUCAUCCAGCAGUACUACCGCUCCUACAAGGAGUACGAGAAGCUCAAGCAGGGACACCGGGCCACGGCCACCGCCAUCAGCCAGAAGAUCAAAGGAAACUUCCUGACCAAGAAGCAGGAUCAGGCCGCCCGGAAGAUCAUGCGCUUCCUGCGCCGCUGCCGCCACAGGAUGAAGGAGCUGAAGCAGCGGCAGGAAGUGGACCCCCCCUCACAGAAGAGAGGCCUGGCCACUUAGGCGGAAGAGACGAAGACGACGGGACGAGGACCCUUCGGUGGCAUCCUCACCCCAGCCAAGACCCCCCCCCCCAUGGAACGUAACUACGGGGGGCUGUGUGUGUCUCCCCAUUUCAAGGACGGUGCAAUAGAGACUUCGAGGAGGGUCUCCUCUUGGUUUCCUCCACGUUUGGAUUGAGCCCCCUCCUCUCCCGACGGCCCCCUCCCCAAAUCGCCAUGCACGCUUCGCCUUAUAUCUGUGCCAAGCCUUCUUCACCCCUUUUCCCUGUCUCCCUAUUUCCCAAUAUUGGGGGGGGGGGGUUAUGGAUGCAUUUGGGGGGUCCGACACUCAGUACAUAUUGGGGAGGGGGUCCCACUUGUUGUUCCCCUCCUUUCACUCCACUUUGGAGAUUCUUGAAAGUAGAAAUCUCCAGAAUCCUUUGGGAAUAAGCAGACAUCUUUAAAAGUAACCGUUGGUUUACUCAUAAACUUCAUGUACUCAGCAUAGAGGAAGUUUGCUUCAACUAACUUCCAAACCAGGCAUGGGAAAACUUGGGCCCUCCAGGUGUUUUGGACUCCAACUCCCACAAUUCCUAGCAGCCGGUAGGCUGCUAGGAAUUGUGGGAGUUGGAGUCCAAAACACCUGGAGGGCCCAAGUUUGCCCAUGCAUGGUAAACUACUAUUUUUACUGAAGUCUCAAAGUUUCGAAAACUGAGUCUGAGUCCUGAACAAGCCCAGAUCUGAUCACAUGGUCCGCAGCCCCUACCACAACAUAGAGUUAAGGAAAACCUCCAACCAAUACACAGUAUAGUAAACAAUCUGAAAAACAAAUAACUAGUGGAGUUUACUCAUAAACUUCAUGUACUUAGCAUAGAGGAAGUUUGCUUCAACUAACUUCCAAACCAGGUUUUGGCAAACUUGGGCCCUCUGGGUGUUUUGGACUACAACUCCCACAAUUCCUAGCAGCCUACCGGCAGGUUUGCCCAUGCAUGUUCUAAACUAUACUGUUUUUACUGAAGUCUCUAAGUUUCAAAAAUGGAGUCUGAGUACUGAAUAAGCCCAGAUCUGAAAACAACAUAGAGUUAAGAAAAACUUCCAACCAAUACACACAUACACAAUAUAGUAAACAAUCUGAAUUAUAUACAUAAGACCUACCUAGUAGAGGAGGCUUGUAAAGCAUACUGUUUCGAAAAUGGAGUCUGAGUCCUGAACAAGCCCAGAUCUGAUCACAGUAUAGAGUUAAGAAAAACUUCCAGCCAAUGCACAUGUAUACAAUAUAGUAAACAAUCUGAAUUACAUACAUAAGACAUAUCUAGUGGAGAUGGUUUGAAAACCAUACCUUUUCGAAAAUGGAGUCUGAGUCCUGAACGAGCCCAGAUCUGAUCACAUCGUCACAUCACAGUCCAGCCCACAACAUAGAGUUAAGGAAAACUUCCAACCAAAACACACAUCUACAGUAUAGUAAACAAUCUGAAUUAUAUAAGUAGUGGAGUUUACUCAUAAACUUCAUGUACUCAGCACAGAGGAACUUGGCUUCAACUAACUUCCAAACCAGGCCUGGGCAAACGUGGGCCCUCCGGGUAUUUUGGACUCCAUCUCCCACAAUUCCUAGCAGCCUACUGGCUGCUAGGAAUUGUGGGGGUCGGAGUCCAAAACACCCAGAGGGCCCAAGUUUGCCCAUGCCUGUUUUAAACUUUACUGUUUUUACUGAAGUCUCUAAGUUUCGAAAAUGGAGUCUGAGUCCUGAACGAGCCCAGAUCUGAUCACAACAUAGAGUUAAGAAAAACUUCCAACUAAUGUGCACAUAUACAGUAUAGUAAACAAUCUGAAUUAUAUACAUAAGACCUAUCUAGUGGAGGAAGCUUGAAAAGCAUACUGUUUCGAAAAUGGAGUCUGAGUCCUGAACAAGCCCAGAUCUGAUCACAACAUAGAGUUAAAUACUUCCAACCAAUGUGCACAUCUAUAAUAUAGUAAAAAAUCUGAAUUAUAUACAUGAGGCUUGGAGAAGGUUGCUAUUUCCAACAAAAGACCCCCCCCCCAAAAAAAAUAUCUCUCUUGUGAUGCACUUUUGAUGAAUCUCCCCCUCCCCAUCUCUUCCUAUCCCCCUCCCCAAUUUCCCACUAAUGUAUAUAAUCCAAGGGGUCUUUCAAGACAGGAAGAACUCCAAAUUGGGGGGAUUUCUGGGUGAGGGUCUCCCCAUCUCCGGACUGCAACCCCCCCCCCCCAAUGUAAAUACUUGUAAGAUACGGACAAAGGAAAGCUAUACUUCAGAAUCUAUUUAAAGAGGAAAGGAGGGUGGGUUUAUGGGGUGGGGGGAUUUGUGGGUCGGGGGUCCAGGAACGCAUGGGUUUAUAAUUUUUUUGGGGGGGGGGUAUCCAUCUUCUUUGCCUUCGUCAUCGUGGAAGCCCUUUGACCCCCCUCCCUGUUCCGGACGUUUCUACGUAUUUUAUUCGCAUGGAAUCUCUUCUUUGGUUUGUACAAAUUUGCAUUAAAGGAGCAAAGACCCUUCCCUCCCGGAA